UCAACCCGCAACUAUAGUUCAGAUAGGAGGAGGAGUACACAGAGAGACACAGUACAGUAGAGAGAAUCAAUUUUAGGCGUUGUUAGAUACAGAUGCUAAUCUCUCUCCUCUCUCUCUCUCUCUCUCUCUCUCUCUGUUUUCAUACGUCGGGAGCAAAUGAAAAACCUGGAAAAAUCUGAGGUGAGGAGAUUCAAGAUCUAGGGGAAAACUUACGCUUUAGGUGGACGCCUUUUCGUUCUGGGCUCAAAUCUUUCUUGGUAAUUUGUCAUUGGUCAGCCUCGAAACACCAAUUCUUUUGUACGUUUGCCAUUACUCCUAGAGAGAGGGAAAGACUUGGUAUGAAGAUUGAGCUUGAUGGUUAUCUGAUCUACAAGUUUGAAGCUGUAAUCAAUGGUUAAAUUAUAUGGUUUCUUUGUCCUGUCUUGCUGAACCAAAACUUUAUCUGGGCCCUUGUCAAGGAAAUUGAGGUUAAUUCUCUCCUAGUAGAAAAAAUCGGGUCUUGAUUGUUCAGAGUGUUACUUUUCGUUUGGGUUUAAUUGGGUUUCUUGGGUUUAUAUCGGAUUCCACUGUGAUACUGAAUUUGAUAGUUUUUCCCCUCUUCUGGGAAGGUGGGGGGAUGUGAUGAUAUGGGAGAAAAUGCGGCAGCUUUGCAUACAGCCAUAAAUUCAGUGCAGGCGUUGGGAAGGGGCUUUGAUGUCAACUAUGAUACUAGGUUGCUUUAUUGUAAAGGUGUGGCAGGGUCAAGAAUUGUGGAUAUUGAUGAAGAGCACACCAGGGAUUUAUAUUUGACUGAUAACUUAGUUGUUCCUAAUGUUCCAAGGGACAUUAAGAAUUCGCAGGAGGCAGGUGGUCGUGAUGGCUUUGGUGUUUGCAGUUAUAAUGAGAUGGUGGAAUAUUUCAACAAAAAGGCUAGUCUCUCAGGACAUACUCCACUUGGUAGCUUCAAUGCUGCAUUCAGCUUUACCAGUUCCAGGCAUAUAGAUGCUGCUUCUACAAAGUCCCUUUGCAUGGAUGGUUUUUUCAUUCCACUUGCUAAAAUUCAGCUUGUUAAUUCACCUAUUGUUUUAAGUGAAAAUGUUCGGAGAGCAGUUCCAAAGUCCUGGGACCCACCAGCCUUAGCAAGCUUCAUUGAAAACUUUGGUACGCAUGUUAUUACAUCUGUAACUAUUGGCGGGAAAGAUGUAAUCUAUGUGAAACAACACCUCUUGUCACCUCUCUCUAUCAUGGAAAUCAAGAAUUAUGUUCAAGAUAUUGGAAACCAAAGGUUUUCCAGUCCAGAAAGCCUUACGAGUUCAGGCCUAUUAAAAUACAAGGAUAAGGGCAGCGAUCCAUCCUUGUUUAACAGCCAAGGGAUAUACCCGCAACCAGCUGGCGCACCUUACCUCUCUGGGAGUGGCAAAGAAGAUGUUACCGUCAUAUUCAGAAGAAGAGGAGGGGAUGAUCUGGAACAGAGCCACACUCAAUGGGCAAGAACAGUGCGAUCUUCUCCAGAUGUCAUUGAGAUGUCAUUCUUUCCGAUAACAGAACUCCUUGAUGGAGUUAGGGGAAAGGAGCAUUUGGCACGUGCCAUUGCUCUCUACCUAGAGUAUAAGCCUCAGAUUGAAGAACUAAGAUAUUUCCUAGAAUUUCAGGUGCCUCGGAUAUGGGCACCUAUACAGGACAGGUUUCCUGGACAACAAAGAAAAGAACCUGUUUGCCCAUCAUUACAAUUCAGCAUGAUGGGUCAAAAACUAUACGUCAGCCAAGAGCAAAUUUCAGUUGGACGGAAGCCUGUGACUGGCAUGCGACUAUGUCUUGAAGGAUCUAAACAGAAUCGGCUGUGUAUCCAUCUUCAACAUUUGGCAUCUCUUCCCAAGAUCCUCCAGCCAUACUGGGACACGCAUGUCGCUAUAGGUGCUCCAAAAUGGCAGGGUCCAGAAGAACAGGACAGCAGAUGGUUUGAGCCGGUGAAGUGGAAAAAGUUUUCCCACGUGAGCACUGCACCAAUCGAGAACCCAGAAACGUUCAUUGGUGAUCUCACUGGUGUUUACAUAGUGACGGGGGCUCAGCUAGGAGUGUGGGAUUUCGGCUCAAGAAACGUCCUGCAUAUGAAGCUCUUAUACUCGAGACUUCCAGGAUGCACGAUUAGGAGAUCAUUAUGGGACCAUGCUCCGAAUGAAAAGCCCAAGAAAGGGAAUUCGAUAGGGAACAGCCAUGAUGAGUCAAGUUCAAGUUCGGGGGAGGAUUAUGCGGGCAACAAGUUGGCGAAAUUUGUCGACAUGUCUGAAAUGAGCAAGGGGCCAGAAAAUCCACCGGGUCAUUGGUUGGUGACAGGUGGGAAGCUGGGGGUAGAGAAAGGGAGAAUUGUAGUGAGAGUGAAGUACUCAUUGCUUAAUUACUGAGUUGGAAGUUUGAGAUUUGUAGUGGUUUUGAUGAUGUUGGUGUAGAAUGUAUUUGUUGUUGAUGGGGGGGGGGCAUAUGGAAUUUGAUGAACAGGAUGUAUUUUGUCUGGGAGGGGGGUAAGAAUGGAUUGUUGGUUUGGAUGCAUAUAACUUGUCUCCAUAUUCUUUGGAAUAACUACACGGGGCACACCUGUCUCUCUCUCUCUCUCAA